UUCAUCUCUUGCUCCGCAAAUCUUCUUCCAUUCUCAAGGUCUUAGGUAUUCUCUCAAACUUCAUCGAUCUCUCUUACCUCUUCUAAACGGAUAAAAUCGAACAAAAUCAGUUCUUGUUAGUCGACAUUCGAAGGCAUAGAUUCAAUCUUAAACCCUCGAUUUCACCGUUUCAACUCUCUCAGGCCGGCGUAAAUGGGGCCGAGAUGGAAAGGGAAGGGUUCGGAAGCCAAAGCUCUAGCAGAUCCCAUGUCGAAGAUUGUAUGUCAGCUCCAGUCUUCUCUAAUACAAUCUGACGCUCAAGGAUUACUAUCUAGUUGUAGUGUACUUUAUCAAGCGGAUGAAGAACAAGCCGAACUUCUUAAUCGCGCUUGUUUCGGUCGACCAAUUGUUUCCGCCGAGAAGGAUAAGCAAUGGUUUCAAUUCGGCAUGGAGGAGGCUUUUUACUUGUGUUAUCAUUUGAAUUGCCUUAAAAUUGUGGAUGGACAGGAUUGUGAAACGAAUUUCGAAGAACUCUGGCAUUAUAUGAAGUCGCAAAACGCUACAUUCCCUGAGUUUUACAAGGCUUAUCAAAAUCUUCGGAUGAAGAAUUGGGUUGUGAGACCUGGAUCUCAAUACGGAGUUGAUUUUGUUGCUUACCGUCACCAUCCGGCUCUCGUCCACUCUGAAUUUGCUGUGCUUGUGUUGUCCGAAGGAGAAGGAAGUAAUGAAAAUGGGAGAUUGAGAGUUUGGUCUGAUUUUCUUUGCACAAUUCGGCUUUGUGGAAGCGUUGCAAAAACUCUGCUAGUUCUUACUGUCAAUAGCAAUGGAAACCGUUCUGUUUCUCCUUCGUGUUUGGACAGUUACUCCAUUGAAGAGCGCACAGUUACGGGAUGGAGUCCAGAACAGUGCCGCGAAAAUCCUGCAACGAAGAUAUAAUUCAAUGUAGAUGAAGAAUUGUGUGUGGAAACGGAAGCCGUAAAUGUUGAGAAAGAAGGUAUAUGGUGCGAGGUAGGAGGAACACCGAGAAGGAACUACUGAGAAACGAUGUUGUCUGUUUCAAUGGAGGCUAUUCCAGCUAUAGUGUAAUAGCACAAUCCCACCGCUAACCGAUAUUGUCCGCUUUGGCUCAUUA